AUGGCCAGUGCAAACAAUAUUCCUUGGGCCUCGAAUUCUUGCUCUAUGGCGUCCCAAAUCUCUUCCAUCUGCUCUUGUGCCUACCCGGCAGGCCCUGCUACUCCAACGCCGUCCACGAAGUCUCCCGCUCUUCCAACCUCAUCAAGCAUUGUACGAAGCAGCACACGUCAUGUCACUUCGACCACCACAAUCCCCCCCUCACCGCCUGCUUUCAAGACAUCGACUACUACAUACGCAUCACGAGAAUUUGGCCCUGAUUGCUUGGCUAAUAACUGUCUACGAGCUCUCGAUCGAUACAAUGCCAAUGCUUUCUGUUCAGUGUUCACGCUUGGAAACAUUGGGAUAACAGGCAUCCCGAGUUAUGCCACCCCAUGUAGUUCUAUAGGAAACACUAUGGCUCAAGUCAGCUCGGCAUGUACUUGUUUGAACUAUUAUGGCAACUCCAUGGGAUUUCUCCCUCCGAGCACUCCAACUGGAAGUGCAGGGACAAUCAGUGCAGCCGUAUCGUCGAGUUUGACUCUUUCCAUCUCGACAUCUAUGUCUUCAAGUGUCAGCCUCUUCAGCACAGUACCUCCAAAGGCUACCUCCGACCAUCUGACCACAACACAAACAAAGCCUCUAGCUACAUCAGUUCCUUCGAAUGCAUACUGUUAUGCAAACAAUUGCUUGCGAGCUUUGAAGUACGAGGGAGGGUUAGGAGCAACGGCAUUUUGCUCAAGCUUCACAACUGCUGCCGUGACAAACACACACCUCCUCCCAACCUAUGCCACCCAGUGUUCUACAAAUCCGAUCGCCCAGAUGAGUUCUGCUUGCACCUGUAUAGGUAGCAAAGCGUAUGCUACUUCUUAG